AGAACAAGCGGUUGAAGCUUCUUGGGUACUUAAUUCUCUUUCAUACUUCAUGCAAGAAUUAAAAGAAGAUGGAGAAAUAAGUAAAUUUACUCCCCCUCUUUUUAUUCUACUAUCCACGUUUAUGACUUGGUCUUUGAGCAAAUCUUUACACCCAAAAAUUCCAGAUCUUCCUUUCUCAGAAAAGGAUUACCGCAAGAGAACACCUCACCCAAAUUACCAAAUGCAUUAUGAAUUAGAAGAAGAAGUCAUUAGAGUAAAAUCAAGUGGUGAGAUUGAUGCUAUAAUUUUAACCUGUGGGAUCCCAUAUGGCCAUGAAGAAAGCGUAUUUAGCUACUUCUUUGAAACAGCAGUCAACUGUAACGUAGAUGUACCAGUUUACUACGGCUCUGGCCAAAAUUUCUUUCCCGUCAUCCAUGUGGAAAACAUUGGAGAGAUUGUAAGAGAAGUUAUCAAGAAGUCUGAAAAAAUAACAUUACCAUUUUUAUUUGCCAAAGAUCCAAUAUCGUUUUAUAAAAAAGAUGUGAUCAAGGCAAUAACACGUGGCUUUGGAGCUGAAUGCUAUAAAAUCAUGCCUGAAGAAUUCUCAUUUUUGGAAGAUGCUAUCACUCAAGAUAUCUAUGAUCAAACAAUGGCCAAUAUUUACAUGGAGUCUUGCUGUCCACUUUUCCCAGAGGAAGAUAUAAAAUGGAAAUAUACAAAUGGAUUUGUCGAAGAUAUGGAAUACAUUGUGAAAGAAUUUACUGACGCUAAAAACAUAAAGCCAUUGAAUAUUGUAGUUUUUGGCAGUUCACUUCAGGACAUGGAGAAUCUACCCCAAAGACUGAGUCAGUAUUACAACAGCCUCUACCUAAAUCCUGAUGUUGCUGUACAAGAUUAUGUUUCCAAAAUGCUAGAUAAAAUAACCAAAUUCGAAGAACAAAAAAAUACCGAAGAUGCAACUCAACAAAGAAUAGGUUUGGAGUUGGAGGGAGACCCCGUGAAAGUUCCAGACCUGAAAAUAGAAGUAACGGAAGAACAUUGUGAGGAUUAUAACUUGGAGAAUUCUUUGGAGUUUUUUAGAAAGCUAAAUGUAAAACACAUUGAUGACAUUUCAAAACUUACAAAAACGCAGAAUGUUAGCAUUCUGUACGAACGAAUGAAAAGUAGGGUGUGUCUUAUCCAUGGGUAUGUAUUAGAUGAUUUUCCAAAAACCUUGGAGGAAGCUCAGAGUCUAUUUUCAACAGAUGACAGAUACACAUUUCAGAGCAACGAUUCCAGUGGACACCCUAAUUUACCAGACUAUGUGGUAUAUUUGAACCAAGUAGAAGACGCCAUUCCAGAAUCAGCUGUAACAGGCGAUAAUGCUUAUCGCUAUUCAAAAGAAGGGCCCUCAUUUACGCCAGAUAACACAGUGAAAGUUUUAUCUCAAGACGAUAUCCAGCCGGUCAACAUAGAGAGCAAGACGGACACAAAAAUUGAAAAUACCGUGGAGGGCAUGAUAGAAGGACAAAACAAUGAAGCAAAUUCUCCAGAGAUGGCAGUAAUAGAUUUUUUCUUAGAGAAAAAUAAGAACUGCAAACUGAUUAAAUUGGAUAUAAAUGAAUCCAAUAACUCUGACAGAGCUUUCAAUGAAGUUAUAGAAUCGAUAAUUCAAACGGAAGCAGUUGGCAUAAGGUCACAAGAAAUGUCCUUGAAAAAGUCUCAGGACAUUGGAAGACAUUUUCAAGAGACGAAUAUACUUCAGGUUGAUGAACGAAAAUCAAUCGGAACUGCGGAAUGCCAGUCAGAAAAAGUGAUGGACGAAGUGGAAACAGAAACAAUAACAAAAAGUCAGGAAGGCAAAUCCAGCAAGCUGAAAAAUUUAGAGGAGAUGAAAAUCGCCAUCAACAGCUGCCCUUACAUCAGCUACCUGAUUUCCUACAUGUACCCAACUUUAACCAACGCUCUCUUGGCAGUCACAGAACAAAGACCUGAAGAUCCGUUGGAUUUCUUGGCAGAAUAUCUGUUCAAGAACAAUCCGGACGGGAAAAUGAUGGAUCCCACAAGGGCUAAGAUAGAGGAGGAAAUGAGAAACAGAGAUCUCGGAUUUCCCAAUAUUGAUUCUAAAGCUUGUUUGUCAUGAGGGUGUUUAUUGUACUGGGGAUUGAUUGAUUAAAACAACAUUAAAUUUCA